AUCCAUCCGCACAUCAGACAGCGCAGAGCCGUCAGCCGGCAGGCAGGCAGCCCAGACAGCCCCCGGAGCCGGGCUGCAGGCGACACCGCUGCUCCUCGCUCGGCAGCGGAGCAGCGUGCGGCCCCUCCGAGCCCCGAUGCUCUGCAGAGCGCAGCUCCAGGGAGCCCGUCGCUGCUAAGGAGGUCACCAGCAGCAGGCCCACACUCCUGGGCAUCCUUUCUCCUGCUGCCCACCCGCCCGAUCCCAAGACGGAGGAGCCCAGCGACCCCGCCAUGUCAUCGGAGCCCAGCGCCCCGCCGGCAGUGCCACCCCUGCACUCACCCAAGUCGCCGGUGUGGCCCACCUUCCCCUUCCAGAGGGAGGGCAGCCGCAUCUGGGAGCGGGGCAACCUCCUGCUACGGGACCUGCCCAGCCCCCUCCCCACCAAGAGGACCAGGACCUACUCGGCGACAGCACGUGCCUCUGCUGGCCCCAUCUUCAAGGGUGUCUGCAAGCAGUUCUCUCGCUCCCAGGGCCAUGGGUUUAUCACCCCAGAGAAUGGCACUGAGGACAUUUUCGUGCAUGUGUCUGACAUCGAGGGAGAGUACGUCCCAGUGGAGGGGGACGAGGUGACGUACAAGGUGUGCCCCAUCCCUCCCAAGAACCAGAAGUUCCAGGCAGUGGAGGUGGUCCUCACCAACCUGGCGCCCCACACGAAGCACGAGACAUGGUCUGGCCAGAUCAUCGGCUCCUAGGCGCCCGGGGGGCCGCCAGCCGCUCAGCCCCAUGGAGCAAGCCUGCCCAGCCGCUCCCAAGGGGCGUGGGGGCAGCCGAGGCGGCGGCGGGGCCGGGGCUGCCCCCAAACGUGCAGGCGUUUGCGUUCAGUGUC